CGUUGAUUUCAUACCAAAGUCAUACUUAACAUUCCACUUAUACUGUCAAACCUCUGAGAAAUAUUACGGAAAACAACAAGGCGCCAAAAUAUUACAAAGUUCCUAAAAGCUCCCAGUGGCUCCCAGUGAAUAAAAGAAGGGGACUAGCUAAAUAAAAGUUCAUACCUGGAUCCAACACUUUGAGCCUUGUUCCUCAGAGGAGUCCAGCAGUUAUUAUCUACAGGCAAACACACAGACACACAAACAGAAACCAUUUGGAGGAAUACAUAACUUCAGCCUGCAUCCACAAGAUCCCGUACAGGUCUUUUGAUAUUGGGGCUCGGGGUCGGGCCCAGGAGGAGCCGCCAUCAUUGCGUCCAACGAGUGGAGUGCCAACGGUAGCCCUGAAGAUGGGCUGGACGGGGACAACGAGGACAAGACCAUGGACGGGGACGCUGAGGGCGUAUGGAGCCCCGACAUCGAGCAGAGCUUCCAGGAGGCCCUCGCCAUCUACCCCCCCUGUGGCAGGAGGAAAAUCAUCCUGUCAGAUGAGGGAAAGAUGUAUGGUCGCAAUGAAUUGAUUGCAAGGUACAUCAAGCUGAGGACAGGAAAAACUCGCACAAGGAAACAGGUGUCUAGUCACAUACAGGUGUUAGCACGGAAGAAAGUUCGUGAAUACCAGGCGGGUAUAAAGGUUUCUAGCCACUUGCAGGUUCUCGCCCGGAGAAAAUCUCGCGAGAUCCAGUCAAAGCUAAAGGCAAUGAAUUUGGAUCAGGCAUCUAAAGACAAAGCCCUGCAGAACAUGGCAGCGCUAUCGUCAGCACAGAUUGUCUCCCCGAGUAUGAUAAAGAAUCAUCUUCCACCCCUGCCUCCUGCCCCCUAUCAACCAGCCAGAUUCUGGCCUGCUCCAAUCCCAGGGCAGCCUGGACCUUCUCAGGAGCUGGUUCUAGAUCUCAACCCGGGAAGGACUCCUGGGCUUGGCCGCACCAGCCAUGCUAUCAAACCUUUUGCACAGCCCCCCUACUCAAGUCUAUCAGGUGCUGUACCGCAGCCCUUACAAAGUUACGAGCCCCUGGCGCCCCCGCCUCCCCCCACUGCUACUGCAGUGCCCGUGUGGCAGGACCGGACCAUCGCCUCCUCGAAGCUGCGGAUGCUGGAGUACUCAGCCUUCAUGGAAGUCCAAAGAGACCCAGACACCUACAGCAAACACCUGUUUGUCCACAUUGGACAGACCAACCCCUCCUACAGCGACCCCCUGCUAGAGGCUGUGGACAUCCGGCAGAUUUAUGACAAGUUUCCUGAAAAGAAGGGCGGGCUCAAAGAACUCUACGAAAAAGGCCCUCAGAACGCUUUUUUCCUAGUUAAAUUCUGGGCGGACCUGAACAGCAGCGGCAUGCAGGAUGGUCCUGGUUCUUUCUACGGCGUCAGCAGCCAGUACAGCAGCGCCGAAAACAUGACCAUCACCGUUUCAACCAAAGUCUGUUCCUUUGGGAAGCAGGUUGUUGAAAAAGUAGAGACAGAGUACGCCCGACUGGAGGGAGGAAAGUGUGUUUACAGGAUCCACCGCUCUCCCAUGUGCGAGUAUAUGAUCAACUUUAUCCACAAACUCAAACAUUUGCCUGAAAAAUACAUGAUGAACAGCGUUCUCGAAAACUUCACUAUCCUACAGGUGGUGACAAACCGCGACACCCAGGAGACCUUGCUCUGUAUAGCAUUUGUUUUUGAGGUUUCCACAAGUGAACACGGAGCUCAGUAUCAUGUCUACAGACUUGUCAAAGACUAACAGCUCUUCAGGGAGGUUUUGGAGGAAAAAUAAAUAAAUAAACAGACAAAGCGUGACACAAUCCCUCUUCAACCAGCCCAACUGUCCAGGAAUGAAAAACAACAAAAAUACUCACACCGGACUAACACGGACACAUUUUAUGCUUUAAUACAGUCAAGGAAAAACAAGUGAACUUCAACAAGCAAAGAAUUUGUAAAGAAUUUUGAACAACUAUCUGAUUUUUUUCCAUGUUUUUAAACGUGCUUUAGAAGAAGUGGGUCACUUUUUGCCAAUGGAGAGGAUAAUUGAUGGAGCUUGAAAUGUUUUUUUUUUUGUUUUGUUGGUUUUGUUUUUUGUUUUUUGAGGGAGCUGGAACGUUUUGAGGGUUGAAAGGACUCCAAGGGAACACACUCGAAGCAAUAAGAGAAGUGUACAGUUCAUAAGGUUGAAAUAGUGGAGAGAACAGGACCAUGGAAGGGGAAAACCAGAGCCAAGUGGUGGUGUUGCAGUAAGUUUGUUAGGAAAGCAAGUGCCUUUUUUCCAAAGAUUAUAUAUAUCAUUGCCUGCCACUUUGGAUUGCCUUUCUUUUUUUUUUUUUUUUUACUACCUCUUGUUUUUAAAUGAACAGAAAAGAGUCAGACAGAAGAUUUUUGUUGAAAGAAUUGGAAAGACACCUCUCAAACAGAUGUUGUUUAUGGAUGUUUUUGUAUCCAGGUACAGAGGGGUUGGAUGGAAUAACUAAUUUUCAAUAUUGAUGUAGCCUGUUUUAAUAAUAAUAAAAAACAAAAAUCAAUCACCCUAAGUUUUACAGUGUACAGGGAGAAGGUUUAUUGUGUUAUCGUAUAACUUCAAUUCUGCAUUUUUUAUGUUUUAUAACAGUUUU